AAAUAAAAAUCCCCCGAGCCGAACGAAAGCCGAGGAAGAGAAGAGAAGAGAGGAGACGAGACAGAGCAGAGCAGCGAAGCAACCCCUACCCAUCGGUUCUUUCCCCACCUCGCUGCGUUCGCGGGGUUGACGACGACACCCACACGCGCGCGGCCCUUCCCCUCACCCCCACCGUCAACGCUGGAGCCGUCCGCGGCAGCACAGGCGGCCCCUGGACCCGUCGGCGGCGGUGGCGCGUGGUUAUGCCGAGAGGCACCCAGGUUUCAUCACCGUUUGCCUCUGGGAUUCUAGCAUUCUCAGAAAGGAUAUGGAGUGCACCCUCUAUGCAAGUUCCCCCGUAUCCCACAUCUCACUGCUCGAGCAAGUUCUUGGCUGGAGAUUUUGUCUUUACGGAGACUUCCUUGUCAUCUCCUUUGUCAAUUGCACCUGAAGACCACGCCUCAUUCUGUGACUAUCUUGCCUGGUCCCAUGCUGUCGGACAUUAGAGUUGACUGGUGAUUACAGUGCAGCUGUAGCACAUUUUUCGAGCAUGGUGCAUCUCUUCCUCUGGCAACAAUUUGGUAAUUUUUGUCGUGGCACUGAUCAGCCAGCAAAAGUUACUACCGGAACUUCUUUGGACUCUUGGGUCUAAAUUGUAGAUCUCUGCUGUCAGUUAUAAGCUCUAGCAGGUUCUGGUUUUCUUUGCUUCUGUUAGCUCUCAUCCCCUAUCGCUGCAAGUUUUCCAGUUUGUCCAGCUUGAUCUUUAUUGUGUGCACUGUUCGUUGUCAGGCUUCACUUUUGAUGGCAUAACGUUAGAGCAAAGGUGUUCGAGUUCUUUUUUUCUGCCACAAAGACGAAGUAUGGGUAUUGCUUACAGAGCUGUGAAAAAAGCCUCUUGUGACUUUGGCGAUCUACCCUCCAAAGACAUUCGAGCACGCAUAUGAGUCUUGUUUGUGACUAUAGGACUUCUAAAUAAGGCUAGCUUUGCACUCCAGCCAAUAAAAUGGAGAGGUAUAACGUUAUUACGGAAGUUGGCGACGGUACAUUUGGGAGUGUCUGGCGUGCAAUCAAUAAAGAAAACGGUGAAGUGGUUGCGAUCAAGAAAAUGAAGAAAAAAUAUUAUUCUUGGGAUGAGUGCAUCAAUCUCCGUGAAGUGAAGUCCUUACGAAAGAUGAACCAUCCAAACAUUGUGAAGCUCAAGGAAGUCAUAAGAGAGCAUGACAUGCUAUUCUUUGUUUUUGAAUACAUGGAAUGCAAUCUCUACCAGCUGAUGAAGAAUAAGGGGAAGCCCUUUUCGGAGACUGAAAUCCGGAACUGGUGCUUUCAAAUAUUUCAAGCUUUGAGCCACAUGCAUCAACGAGGAUAUUUUCACCGCGACCUUAAGCCUGAGAAUUUGCUAGUUACAAAGGAGGUCAUCAAGGUAGCCGACUUUGGGCUUGCUCGUGAGAUUUCUUCGGAGCCACCGUACACAGAAUAUGUGUCAACUCGCUGGUAUCGUGCCCCUGAAGUUCUGCUUCAAGCUUCUGUUUACAGCUCAGCAGUUGACAUGUGGGCGAUGGGUGCCAUUAUUGCUGAGCUUUUUUCAUUACGACCUCUUUUCCCCGGCUCAAGUGAAGCAGACGAGAUUUACAAAAUCUGCAGCAUUCUUGGAACUCCAAAUCCGCGUACUUGGGCUGAAGGACUGCAGCUUGCAGCAUCUAUCAAUUUUCAAUUUCCCCAGUUGGAAAGCAUACAUCUUUCGGAAGUGGUUCCCUCAGCAAGUGAAGAUGCUGUCAACCUUAUUUCGUGGCUUUGCUCAUGGGACCCACGGAGGAGACCAACGGCCGUUGAGGUUUUGCAACAUCCCUUCUUUCAGCCAUGCUUCUAUAUCCCCCCUUCACUUCGGUUCAGAUCAACCGGAUAUGCGACAACACCCCCAUCAGCUGGUGCUAGAGGAGCUUUGGAUCUGAAGAAUACUAGGAGAUAUCCUGCGGGGACUUUAUCCAAUGAGAAACCGACAGUUAAUUACUCGUACAUGAGCACUACUAACACUCCAGCAAGAGCAGCUGGUGUGCAAAGGAAACUAGAGUUAGAUCAUCAGGUAAAAGUAGAGAGCAACCACAAACUGAUGAAGGAAAACGCUAUGAACCAGCCUUGGUCCAGACCACCCCCACCAGCAGUACGGAGCAAUGGAAACUACCUCACCAAGGACCAGAGCCCUCGCGCACCUGACAUAGCCGAGAAACUGUCUCAGCUGACAAUGGCCUCCAACCGGACACCAGUCUUGUCUUCCGACAGGUUUGCAGACAUGAAGGCGAGAGCCCACGGUGACACGGCGAGGCGGCCCUUGCCUUUGGGAUCCAGGGCAUGGCGUGCCCCAACCGAUCCCUUCCGGCGCACAUACGAGAUGCCAGGCGAGAGGGCUCUCCUCCAAAGGAAGCUCGUCAGCUGAGGACCAUCGACGCUUUAUCAUGGCUUGCUGCUGCCCUUGCACCGACACCAUCCCAUUAAUAAUCCCAGCAAAUCUCCUUUCGUGGCUUUGCUGCCUAGUCGUGUCUCUCAUAUAUGGUUCCUGUCAUCGCGAAUAAAGUCGCACUUCCCGGGUCUGUCCAUCGCCUUGGCGUUGUAUGUCAUUCCGGGGGGAAGUGCAGUACUUGUGUUCUGUUUCAGCUUUUGGGUUUCAAAAAAAUGUUGACCAUGCUUUGUAAACCGACGCUUGCUGAGUGGCCUGUGGGCGUGUAGUCACCGUUUGGUGCUUCAUUGCUUUAUUAUGCUUGUUCAAAUGUUAUGUCCUACCUAUGCUCUACUUGUUGAGAUUUUCUUGCAUAAGAUGACUAUCCACGCUUGUUACACUA